AUGGCACACCGGCCUGUUGCCUUCAAUCGCAUAAUCACUACCCACGAUCACCGAACCGGAAAGGCUGUCUUUCAGAAGGAUAUCGAUGAGAGUGUUCCUUUUGCAGGGUUUCCGGUUCCACCGGGAAGGCCGACUACAUCUGACUAUGCACUUGCCUAUGCAACCACAAGAUUUCCAGUGAAGGGGCUUUCCCCACCCGCGCUAGUCACACCUGAGGCAGAUGCAAACCUGGACAUCAAACAAUAUAUGUCUAAACUCCGCGAUCCCUCCCCUUUAAACCCAGAUAAGGGAACGGCCUGCACAGUAAUUGAGGUGCCGCCUAAAGUUGACAUCCCGAUGCACCGGACUGAGAGUCUUGAUUACGGUGUUGUCAUUGAUGGAACUACGGAACUAGUCCUUGACUCGGGUGAGACGAGAGUUUUAAGAAAAGGUGAUGUUUUCAUCCAGCGAGGCACUGCGCAUUCAUGGCGGAAUAUUACUCACUCAGAGGACAACAACGGUGUUCUCCGUGUGUUCUUUGUUUUUCAACCAAUUGAGCCUGUGCGGAUCGGGGAGGAAGAGUUGCACCAAGAUUUGGAGCUAUCCUUGAAACCCAAGCAUUAG